CAUCUGUGUGGAGAACAUGAACAUAUUUGCAAAAUGAAGGUCCUUUUGCUCUUGGGAUUGGUGGCCGUUGCUCUCUGUGAGCCAACCAAAUUUGUGGGAGAUAAGGUCCUCCGUCUGAUACCUGGAUCUGAGGAAGAUGUGACAAUCAAGGAAAUAGGUCACAAAAUCAAGGUGAAUUUCUGGAAGCCAGACAAUCCUGACAUUGUGACCAUUGGCAUGAAUGUGGAUAUUCAUGUUCCUGCAGCCCAGCUUGACAUGGUCUUCACCAUCUUACAGCAGAGUGGCAUGGAAGUUAAGGUCAUGUUUGAAAAUCUUCAGGAGGCUGUGGAGGCUCAGAUGGACAACAAGAGGGCGACAAAGGCCCAUGACUACACAAAGUACAACAACUGGGCAACGAUUAAUGACUGGGUAGUCUCCAUCAGCUCCGCCAAUGCUGACCUGAUCAGCAGGCAGGUGAUAGGGAAUACUUAUGAGGGACGUCCCAUGCACCUUCUGACGAUUGGAAAGAAGACAGGCUCUGCUAAGCCAGCCGUCUUCAUGGAUUGUGGCUUUCAUGCCAGAGAAUGGAUCACUCAUGCUUUCUGUCAGUGGUUCGUAAAAGAGGCUGUGUCAACCUACGGCAGUGACCCUGAGAUGACCAACCUUCUGGAUAGAAUGGACUUCUUUGUUUUGCCUGUCUUCAACGUUGAUGGCUAUGAAUAUACCUGGACCAAUGACAGGAUGUGGAGAAAGACCCGAUCCAGGAACAGUGGUAGCAGCUGUAUCGGUACUGACCCCAACAGAAACUUUGAUGCUGGAUGGUGCACCGUUGGAGCUUCCAGCAACCCCUGCAGUGAAACCUACUGUGGAAGCAGCGUAGAAUCUGAGAUUGAGUCCAAGAACUUGGCCAACUUCAUCCGUUCCAACAAGUCCAUCAUCAAGGCCUACCUGACUGUCCACUCGUAUUCCCAGCUGCUCCUGUUUCCCUAUUCCUACAAAUACGGCCUGGCUGCUGAUCACUCAGAGUUGCUGAGCGUGUCUCAGGGAGCUAUUGCGGCUCUGCGCACCCUGUACGGAACCAGAUACACCAGCGGCCCUGGUGCUGUGACCAUCUACCCUGCUGCUGGUGGCUCUGACGACUGGGCUUAUGACCUGGGCGUGAAGUACUCCUACACCUUCGAGCUGCGUGACGAAGGUCGUUACGGUUUCCUGCUUCCCGAGUCUCAGAUCAAGCCCACUUGUGAGGAGACCAUGUUGGCUGUCAAAUACAUCGCCAGCCACGUGCUCAACAACCUGUACUGAGAGAGAAGCGUCUGAAAAAGCUUGGCUGUAGUGAAAUACCGUGAUCAGUAAAGCAAUAAAUCACAGAAGACUGUUUGUCAUUUUA